AGGCUCACGGCAAGGCAGUCAUGGAGCGAUAUCUCUCGAACAAUUCAAUGAACUCCGAAGUGAUUUUCUUGAAGCGGCGUUCAUACCGAAGGAGAGUAGCGAUUCCCUCCGCACGGAGCUCGUUUCAAUCAGUGACCGCAUGCGUACGAUGCAGAGUUCGCUCCAAGAGCUGGUGUCUCACAUGACGCACGCUCCUACCAGGGACUUCAAUGGAACGCAGGACGGGGCCCACAUAAGGACAACACAACCGGAGUUCAGCACUUCGAAGAAGUACGUUGACGAGUUGCAACAGCAACUAGCUGUCGCUCGAGACGAGCUCGUCGACGCACAUGGUGUGAUGGGCCGUCUUGAAGACGAGCGUGUCAAAAACGAGGCACGGGUGUCAGACCUGGUCAAACAGCUUUUCGCUGCACAUGUCGAGUCCAGCGAUCUCCAAGAGCUUCUCAAAGGAGCCCAAGAAGCCUGCUCCACGUCUCAAUCCCAAGCCUCAGGAAUGGAGGUGGAGAUGGGGUUCCUCCGCGAGGAAAAUGGGCAACUGAAACGAAAGAUUGAGACGCUCACCGUUGAGUCAAACCAACGACAGCUCCAUCUCGAACAAUUGAAUGAGCGCUUCGCUUCUACGAUCGCUCAACAUGAGGAAGAGGUGGCUUCAUUGUGUAUGGCCGUCGAAGUAGUGAAGGAUGCAUCCAGCCGGCCUGGCCUCCUGGGUACUGUCCGCAACAAGGUCGCUCAAGUGUACAAAGGCGUUGGUGGAUAUCUACCCCAACAACCCGCGACGAAUCCAGCCGACCCGGCGGACGAUAGGGAGCCGCCUCGGACAUCAGUCCUCGUAGAAGAGCCACAGUCGGACGUGAACGGCGAGCCGUCUACUACGGCGCUCCAACCUGGUAGCGAAUCCCUGGUCGAGGAUGAUGCUACCGUUGGCGACUCGGGCUCUAGUACGGCAGGGUCUAUGGUCAGCCUGACCGAGUUCGCAUCGAGCCCUGCGCUGGAAGAGUCAGAACACAAGGUCGUUCGAUCCGAUGCUCCUCCUGGUGCCGACGCAUCUCAGUCUGGUGAACGGGGGCCGGUCUCAAUGACCCAGACAGGCAGCUCUGGCUCUGGCUCUCGCCCAGCUGGCGAGAUGAUCGUUGCUGGUCCCGCACAGGCUAAGGGCAGGAGGAUCGAAGACGUUCUCACGCCGCUUCCUAUGAAAGUUAUCACUCAAGCAGCCCUAGACCACUUGCAAAGGACAUGCGGAUUCAAUCACGUUCUCUUUGUUACUGCUUCUGAUUUCGUUCCUGGAGAAUCCAUCGAGGAUUCGUACUUCAUCAAGCCGUCCAUGGUCUGUCACAAUGGACAGUGGGCACCGUGUAAGAACAAAGCCUUCAACAAGCGCAUCGCAAAGGGACAAAUAGACUUGAUCGCCCACCUUGGCGGUGCCCCCUAUUACUUAGGAACAUACAUCAUCACGGACGACCCAGAGCCCACGACGGCUGAAUACUUUCAGGGACUUCCUGACGUCACCCAACGAUGCCUAGUCACGGCCACAGGACCAAAGAAUGAAGCUCCGGAUAUAAUGUCACGCUACCAAAAUGGUACACUCACUGCCCUCAAAUAUCGAGCCCGCCGCGUCGACCUCAACGGAACGUUGGACCAAUAUCUACGCUCUGCCCUGGGAGGAGCUGGCAGGGCAUAGAUCCCAUUUUAUUGUUUCACGUGUGAGACUAUUCACACUCUCAUGGACAUCGUUGUUAUAAUAUCCACCCUGUGAAUUAUUGCGAGUCCACCGUUGGCACUCAAGCAAAUUUGAAGGCCCUGCGUUGUAUAGGAAGUAUGUACCUUCCGUUAUGCAAUACCGAAGCCUGCAGCCCUCGCUGUUACUGGAGACGGC